GCUUGCAGUCGCCUGACUCGUGUUUUAGAUUUGACAUCUGCCAACAGAAAACUGCAGUACCGAUACGUUCUCUUGUUUGCGUUGCGAAGAUUGGAUACCAUUUAAGUCAUGCUAGAUAUUAUUUUAUUUCGAGAAGAUCAAGGAGGAAACCCUGAUCUUGUACGACAGUCUCAAAAAAAGCGUUAUAAAGAUGUUGGCGCCGUUGAUAAAGUUAUAGAACUUGACAGCAAAUGGAGAGCUGCUCGCCAUAAUGCAGACCUUUUGAAUCGCAUGGGAAAUGUCAUCUCCAAAACUGUUGGUGAAAAGAAGAAAGCUAAAGAGGCUGAGGGUACAGAGACCAACAUCCCUGACAAUGUGAAGGCAGCUCUGCUCGAACUCACACCAGAAAUUCUAAGGCCUCUCACUGUCUCCCAACUCAAGGAAGUGAAAAAAUUGGUGGAGGAAACAGUGGCUGAGAACAACACGACCCUAUCUUCAACUGAAGCUCAGCGUGACGCCAUACUUAAGGAGAUUGGAAACAUUGUGCAUGACAGCGUUGUUGUCAGCAACGAUGAGGCCAACAACGGCAUAGUGCGAACUGUGGGCGAAAAGUUGAGCAAGAAGUACUCUCAUGUGGAUCUCAUACACAUGAUCGGGGGCGUGGACGCCAAAAGAGGCACCGUUACUGCUGGUGGUCGAGGAUAUUACCUUCUUGGGCCGGCCGUGGCCCUGGAGCGCGCUGUGGUGGACUGGUCGCUGGACUACCUGCGCUCCAAGAAGUUCACGCCGAUCGUGACGCCGUUCUUCGUACGCAAGGAGGUCAUGCAGGAGGUGGCGCAGCUCUCGCAGUUUGAUGAAGAGCUCUACAAGGUAACGGGCAAGGGCGAAGGCGCUGAGGGAGGAGAAGAUGACAAGUACCUCAUAGCUACCAGCGAGCAGCCCAUCGCUGCCUUCCAUAGGGACGAAUGGAUCCCCAAGGACCAGCUGCCCAUCAGGUACGCUGGCAUCUCGUAUUGCUUCCGUCAAGAGGUUGGCUCGCAUGGGCGAGACACGCGCGGCAUCUUCAGGGUACACCAGUUCCAGAAGGUCGAGCAGUUUGUUCUGACGUCCCCUCACGAUAACGCCUCAUGGGAAGCCCUCGAGGAGAUGAUGAGCAACAGUGAGGCUUUGUGCCAGGCCCUUGGGCUCUCUUACCAGGUAGUGAACAUUGUCUCUGGAGAGCUGAACAACGCUGCGGCCAAGAAGCUCGAUUUGGAGGCUUACUUCCCAGCGUCUGGCGCGUACCGGGAGCUCGUGUCGUGCUCCAACUGCACGGACUACCAGAGCCGGCGCCUGCGCGUCCGAUAUGGUGCCACCAAGCAGAUGAACGCCGCCGUGGAGUACGUACACAUGCUGAACGCGACGAUGUGCGCCACAACUCGCGUCAUCUGCGCGCUGCUCGAGACGCACCAGACGGACGAGGGCGUCGCCGUGCCUGAGGCGCUGCGCAAGUACAUGCCGGCAGAGUACAGCGAGUUCAUCCCCUUCGUGCAGCCAGCGCCCAUCGAUGAGGAAGAAGCCAAGAAGCAGAAGAAGAAGGCAGCUGGCAAAAUUAAAUGAGUUUUACUCCAAUAAAUUUGUUGAGAUUAGUUCCAUGUCUCCCGUAAACGUGAUUCCUGGU